AUGACUGAAAAAACCAACUCAAACAAUCCUUAUAAGGAUCCACUCUUCAUUGCUGUAAAUGAGAGUGCUGCCACUGCUCUAGGAAGUAUUUUUUUCGAUGGAAACAACUUCCUAAAUUGGAGCAAGAGUGUUAAAAUUGUUCUAGGAGCAAAGAACAAGAUUGCUUUCUUUGAGGGAAAACACCCUAAACCCAGUGAACCAGGAGAUGAAAUGCAGAAAUGGGUAAGGUGUGACUACAUGGUGAGGUCUUGGCUAUUAGCAACAAUAAAGCCAGAGAUUGCAGGAAGUCUAGUUUCAAUGCACUCUACAAGACAACUUUGGGAAGAAAUCAUAGAGAGGUAUGGACAGGCAAAUGCCCCCCAACUUUUUCAUUUGAAGAAAGAACUAUGGGAAUUUCAGCAAAAUAAUCUCAGUAUUGGAGAGUACUACUGCAAGCUUAAGGAUCUUUGGGAUCAGAUUGCUCAGCUUGAAGAAAUUCCUGAUUGCAGCUGUGGUGCAAUGACAAAAUGUAGUUGCAACCUACUGAAGAGAAUGCUGGAGAUCAGAUACAAGAUAAUAACAUGA